AUGGAGAGUUCAGCGGACGUGCUGCAACGCGCUCGAGCGCGCUACGCCGACGCUAAGCUGGCCGCGGAGAGCAUCAUGUCAGAGCACAUGUCACGUUCGUCCAGCCUGCUGAAGCAGUUCCAGGGCCGCCUCAUCGCUAUGCAACCCCAUAUGUCAACGAAGAGCCAGCAGUCAUACCUAAGAUCGCUAAAAUGCGGCUCGGGCGCGCCAACUGAUGACAACCCGUGCAGCUCUGACAAGACCCCGAAGCUGCCGACGUUCUGCAACCAGGACGCGUUAUCGUCAUCCUGGCCAUCGUCGUCCCAUGCGCCCAAACACAUGACCCAGGCGGCGUGGAUAUCGCAGACAGCGACUGUGCAUUCCAAAAUCUCCGAGAUAUCGUACUGGGAUGACGCCGUCAAGAUUCCGGAAAUCCUGAUGACCGACCCCGCCGACGUGCUGUGCGGCAAGACGACCGCGCUCAAAAAGUCGCAUGACGAGGAGCGGGACACUCUGAGCGAGCUUCUGAAGGACACGAGUUACGAGAUGGCCCUCGAGGCCGACGUCGACAACUCGCAUCGCGCCGCACAAACGUUUUCGCAACACGUCGCCUCUGUGGUGGACUACUCCAAAAGCACGCCGACGUCGACGGAACCUAGGCGUGACUCCGUCGCCAGCCAGCCUCUGCUGGGCACCCUGGUGAACGACACGUGCACGCGCCUGGAGGGGCUCACCAGGGAGUGGCAGCCUGCCAAGGGCGCCGGCACACGCCUCGUCGACGCCAACGGCGGUCUGUUGAGGGUGCUCAAGGACUCUUGCGAAGACAACAAGCUGUACGACAUCGAUUCGCUUUACCUCAAAACCUUCGGCACUCGUUCGGGCGUGUUUAACAGCGACAAGGGUUACACGCUGACCCAUGCGCUUCUCCACAUCAACCAGCUCGAUAACAGCCGCGAGGCUGAAUUGGCGCCUAAAAUUUGCGUCGUCCGGCCGCUGAACGAGGUCUCUGCCACCCGCAAGGCCACCGCGCCCUCCCGCCUCGCAACCGCAGGGGCGGUGACCCCCCCUCCGCUCAGCGAGACAGCGGGCCCAUCGAACCUACUCGAGAGUGUGAACAUUCUGUGUGAGGACAAGUACGCGGUGAGGCUGCACAAGAUGUCCGAGUUCAACAGGUCGUUCGCCCACGUCAGCGGCAAGGGCGGCAGCGACGUGGAGAUCCAGACCGACCUGGUUAGCCUGCCUGAGCCGAAGAGCGCCGACCCGCUGAAAUCCGCCGGCAGGGUCAAGGUCGUUUACUCCGGCAAUGCCGACCGCGUCCCGGGGUUGUGGGAAGACGUGAAGACGAUAGCGCCCAGCAACAACGAGGUCGCCGCGGAGGCGUCCGCCACCGCCCUGGUCUCGAACGUGAGACCCAGUCUAUCUGAGCCCUCCAACGGCCGUGCUCCCACGCCGACGGAGCCGGUCCCCGCCCAACCCCCGGACGUCCGUGCGCGGCGUGACGCGUACAGGAGCUGCCUGGACCUACUCGACGAGUCCGAGCGUCGUAGCUGGCAGCAGAAACGUGCGCCCCUCUAUGACCGAAUGCGUGCCGUGGAGCGCUGUGGGAUGCGCAUGUCGGCGGUGUGCCGUGGUGGACGCAGGGGCGGUUCGCGUUUGACUCACGGUGCACCACCCGCUUCUUCUGCGCAGGAAACCGCAUGGGUUUCACCGACCGCGAAAUUGACUGACAACUCGCCGCCGAGCACCCUGAUAUACGAGUCGCCGUCCGAACGCAUUCGCAAGCAACAGGAAGCGGAGUCCCUUGUGGCUCCAUCCGUUCCUCAGCAGGUUGAAUUGGGUUCUCCCCGUUUCACCCGAGGCUACUACGGAUACGACGACAUGCCCGCAAUUAAGGCUAAGUCCGCUCAGCUGUUGGACGGCAGCGACUUCUUCGCAACUCCAGGGCGCCGGCCGUCAUCGCCGAGGGCGGGCAACCUGAAGUCUGCCGUCAAGGGCCCUAAGCGCUCGCCCGCAGUGGCAAGCGGCCACAACCCGUUCGAGGACUUCGAUGGGUGGUGGAACCAACACAGCAUCCCGCUGUCCAGCCUGAGGCAGCAGCUGUCCAUAUCGUAA